AUGAACGAAUUCCACUCGACCGGCGCCGACGCCUUCUCUCCCCAGAUCCCGCGCGACCGAACUGGCAGCAUGUCCGUGGGCAACGCUCCCGUGAGCCCUCCGGGCCCGCCGUCCGACCAUGGCGGUGCUGCUGUUGACGAUGCUUCUCAGAGCCCUGAUGGCGACGCUGCGCCGGGCCCAUCCGGAGCUAGCCCUGAGGUCCUCAAGCAAGUAUCUGAGGUUCUAUCUUCCGACAUUGGCGUUGUUACCCUCCUGAACCGGCUCAAGCAGAGCAUAGCUUCAGCAAAGGAAUUCGCCCUGUUCCUUAAGAAACGAUCUAGCCUCGAAGAAGAUCAUGCCAACAGUCUCAAGAAGCUCACUCGCACCACCCAAGAGGUGAUGCGACGGCCCGACCACCGCCAAGGCACCUUUGCUGGCGCUUACGACGCCAUGGCCAGCACCCACGACCGCAUGGCCGAGAACGGCAUCGAGUUUGCCAACGAGCUGCACCGAAUGCACGAUGAGCUGAUUGAGCUCGCCAACGUCGCCGAGCGAAGCCGAAAGCAAUGGAAGGCCAAUGGCCUAUCAGCCGAGAACAAGGUCUCGGAGAUGGAGCAGACCAUGCGCAAGAGCAAGGCCAAGUACGACUCGCUCGCCGAGGACUACGAGAAGGCAAAGAUGGGAGAGGCGCGCCAGAGCGGCAAGAUGUUUGGCGCCCUCAAGGGUCACAAGUCAGCUGCCCAGCACGAGGAGGAUCUGUUAAAGAAGGUUCAGGCGGCCGACCAGACCUACAAGGGGCAUGUUCAGGCGCUGCAGACCGAGAAGGCUCAGCUUGUGUCGUCGACACGACCAGAGGCUGUCAAGAAUCUACAGGAGUCCAUCAGAGAGAUUGAUGCGGGCGUGGCGAUGCAGAUGCAGAAGUUUGCUUCCUUUAACGAGAAGCUCCUGCUGAGCAACGGCCUCAGUGUCAGCCCUAUUCAAGGUCCGGGCCAGAGCAGCACUUCACAGCGUAGCUUGCGGCAGGCUGCUUCGUCAAUUGACAACGAGAAGGACUUGAAUGACUAUGUCGUUGCGCAGGUCAGGAGCAUGCCUGCCAAUACGGGCGAGAUCAAAUAUGAGCGCAACCCAGUGCUUAACCCUCCGGGCUCCAAUCAUCUGCCAGGCGGUCCAGUCCAACAACCAGCUGUGACACAGCCCCCAUCCCAGGGAAGCUUCUCUGGUCCUCAGCCUCUGGGGCCUGGCUCCAGGACUAGUACCCUUGGCCUCGGCCCUAUUACUGGUGUGACGGGUGGCGAUGGUCCCUUCUCACCAACCGACGAUCCUCGUCCCUUCUCCCAGCCUCACAACAGGAGCUUCAGCCAAGGAAACGUGCCGACAGCGCAGGGAGGACCAGGACCGCAGUUUACUGGCCGAGGACCUAGUCAGCCGGCACCUGGACAACGGUACGGAAAUGGAGGUUCUAUCAGCUCAGCUGGCCCUCCUCAACUGGGUGCUCUUCCUUUCCAGCCCAACGCAUCUCCCCCUCAACAAUCCGGUCCAUACCAGGCUCCCCAUGAUCGCAAGGGCAGCGGCGUCGGCCUAGGUCAAGGUCAAGGAACUCCUGCCGGACGCUCGCCGCCGCCUUACGGAGUCCCUGGCCACCCUCCACCCGGUGGGGCCUCAGCACCAUCAAAGCCCAUGUUUGGACUCCCCUUGAGCCGUCUAUAUGAACGUGAUGGCCUAGCGGUUCCGAUGGUGGUUUACCAGUGCAUUCAAGCAGUUGAUCUGUACGGCCUCAACGUGGAAGGCAUCUACCGACAGUCGGGCUCCAUGGCUCACAUCCAAAAGCUCAAGAACAUGUUUGACACAGAGUCCUCUAGCCCGGCUCUCGACUUUAGGAACCCCGAGAACUUUUAUCACGAUGUCAACAGCGUCACCGGCCUGUUGAAGCAGUUCUUCCGUGACCUUCCUGAUCCCCUCCUGACACUCGAGCACCACGACAGCUUCAUCGCAGCAGCCAAACAUGACGAUGAUACUGUUCGACGUGACUCCCUCCACGCCAUCAUCAACAGCCUACCUGACCCCAACUACGCCACCCUCCGCGCCCUCACCCUUCACCUCUGGCGUGUCAUGGACAACUGCCACAACAACCGCAUGAACUCUCACAACCUGGCCGUCAUCUUCGGCCCCACACUCAUGGGAACUGACCCAAGCACCGCCAUCGCCGAUGCAGGCUGGCAGAUCAAGGCGAUCGACACGAUCCUGCAAAACACGCUGCAGAUCUUUGACGAGGACUAA